AUGACAUACCUUCGUGGUAGCGGUGGGAGUGGUGGCGACGGUGGUGGCAACAGUGGGAGUGGUGGCGGUAGCCGUAGUGGCAGUCGUGGUGGCGUUGUUCAGUGGGGAGUUUCUGGCGGUGGCCAGAUGCAGCUGCGGCAGCUUCCCCGAGUGACCCUUACAUCCCAGCAGCUCCGUGAGUGGUACGCUCAGCGUUGUGCGUCUCGGAGUACUGCUCGCUGCCCGUACGUCAUUUGCACAGUGUUUGGCGACGAGGCUGAGCUCCCCCGCUGGCUAGAGCUGCUUCGGGACAAAGUGGAUAUAUUUGCUCUAGACUAUGCCGCUAUUUUUACUGCCAUGUAUGCUUUGACUGCUGGUACUGAGGGUGACUGUUACCUGUGUGUGCCGCCCGACCCUGGUAUAGAGGCUGCUGCUCUAGUUCUUGCACGUUCCUCCACUGUUCUCCCGUGUCCGGCGGUUCCGUCCGGCUCACUGUCAGGUCUCCACCUCCCCUCGUUCUCGACGAACUUGGUGAGUAACGCGGUCCUUCAGGAUGCAGGGGUUGAUACCUUUACCCCUGGAGGCCAGCGUGUGGCGAUCUGCACGUGCUCCCGAACAGGCCGUCACUUGGCCACGUUCACCCGUCGGCCUGGGUCGAGUCUGUACACACUGACUACUGCGCCUCCUCACUUUGCUGCGUCUGCUCAAGUGUCCGCCUCGUGCUCGUGUCGACUCCUGUCGCACCAGACUCUCCUGUGGCACCACUGCCUUGGUCACCCCUCCCUGCCUCGCCUCCGUGGCACGCACUCCCGUCUUCUUGUGUCUGGUCUUCCCAGGUCUCUCCCUCCCCUCCCUGCCUCGCCUGCGCCGCCCUGCAUUCCUUGCGUCGAGGGGCGGCAGCGCGCCGCUUCUCACUCCUCCUUUCCCCCGACGACUGCUCCCCUGCAGACUCUCCACAUGGACGUGUGGGGCCCAGCCCGCAUCAAUGGACUGGGCCGCGAGCGAUACUUUCAGCUGGUUGUUGACGACUACUCGCGUUACACCAUGGUCUUCCCCUUGCGCAGCAAGGGGGAGGUCCCUGAUAUCUUGAUCCCUCGGAUCCGCGCUGUUCGUCUCCAGCUCCGCGAGCGGUUCCGCACGGACCUUCCCGUCCUGUGUCUGCACUCUGACAGAGGUGUCAUGGAGGUGGCUCGUACCUCCAUGAUCCAUGCGGCUGCUCCCCAUUUUCUGUGGCCGUUUGCGGUCCGGUACGCUGCGCAUCAGCUCAACCUCUGGCCCCGUGUCUCCUUGCCGGAGACCUCGCCUACACUGCUUUGGACGGGGAAGGUUGGCGAUGCGUCGGUGUUCUGGUUCUCGUUUUACCACCCCACCUCGCGCCGUGUCCUGCCCUCUCAGGACGUCACUUUUGACGAGUCGGUUCCCUUCUACCGUCUCUUCCCCUACCGCUCUGCCCCUCUCCCCCCUCCGCCGCUCUUCCUCGCUCCAGGUCCCCCUCCGGUAGACCCCCUCCCCCCUCAGGGUCCUGCUCCUUCGAGUGUCUCUCAGGUAGACCCACUUCCCUUAGCUGAGCCUGUCGAGGUCACUGGUGACUCUGGUGCUGCUGGGGGUGGUGCUACUCGGGGUGCUGCGUCUGGGGGUGCUGAGCCUGAGCGUGCAGAGCCUGGGGGUGCUGAGCCUGAGCGUGCGGAGCCUGGGGGUGCUGAGCCUGAGCGUGCGGAGCCUGGGGGUGCUGAGCCUGUGCGUGCGGAGCCUGAGGGUACUGCGCCUGGGGGUGCUGCUAGGGGUGCUGAGCCUGGGGGUGCUGAGCCUGGGGAUGCUGCGUCUAGUGAUAGUCCUUCGGUCGCGCUGCUGGAGCUGGAGGCAAAGGAGCUGCAUGCACUGGCGCUGGAGGUACUGGAGCUGGAGGCACUGGAGCUGGGGGCACUGGCGCUGGAGGCGCUGGAGCUGGAGACGCUGGAGCUGGAGGUGCUGGAGUUGGAGGCGCUGGAGCUGGAGGCCCUGGAGCUGGAGGCACUGCCGCUGGAGGUACUGGAGCUGGAGGUACUGGUGGUACUGGGGUUGCUAGUCCUGGCGGCACUGCUGGAGGCACUGUGGAGCCUCUCUCCCCACAGCAGCUGCGCGAGUGGUUCGCUCGGCGCACCCGCCUUUGGAGUCGCGCUGCUGCAGCUGGCGACGCUAGAGCUGGAGACACUGGGGCUGGAGGCGCUGGCGCUGGAGGCACUGGAGCUGGAGGUACUGGAGCUGGAGGCGCUGGCACUGGAGGCAAUAGAGCUAGAGGCACUAGACCUGGAGACGCUGGAGCUGAACGCGCUGGCGCUGGAGGCGCUGGAGCUGGAGGUGCUGGCGCUGGAGGCGCUGGAGCUGGAGGCACUGGAGCUGGAGACACUGGAGCUGGAGGCGCUGGAGCUGGAGGUGCUGGAGCUGGAGGCACUGGAGCUGGAGACGCUGGAGCUGGAGGCGCUGGAGCCGGAAGUGCUGGCGCUGGAGGCACUUAGACUCGAGACGCUGGCGCUGGAGGCGCUGGAGUUGGUGGCGCUGGAGCUGGAGCUGGUGGCACUGGAGACCCUGGAGCUGGAGGUACUGGUGAUGGAGACGCUGGAGCCGGUGGCGCUGGAGCUGGAGGUGCUGGAGGCACUGGAGCUGCUGGAGACGCUGGAGCUGGUGGUGCUGGAGCUAGAGGUGCUGGUACUGGAGACCCUGGAGCAAGAGGUACUGGUGCUGGGGGCACUGUGCAACAACACCCGUUUUUCUUGCCGCUGCCGCAUCUGUCUGACCUACCGUCUGAGUCGACCCUGA